AUGGCCUUCCUUGUAGCUGUGAGGAUCUUGAUGGCUGGGAUCUCAUCUGUUUUACUCUGCUACCCAGAAGGAACAUUGGGAAGGGACACUGCAGUCUUCACAGAUCAACACAACUGGACACAGGUGGACAGUGUAACAUCUGCCCCCGACAACACAGACUUGGCCUUCAGACUCCAUAAGACUCUGGUAUUGAAGAAUCCCGGUGAUAAUGUCCUCUUCUCCCCAUUCAGUGUCUCAGCUUCCUUGAGUGUCCUGUCCCUGGGAGCAAAGAACAACACUCUUAAACAGAUCCUAGAGAAUAUCAAGUUCAUUCCCACAGAGACCUCUGAGGCAGACAUCGACCAGGGCUUUGGGCACCUCCUACACAUGCUCAGCCGGCCAGGGGACCAGGUGCAGAUCAGCAUAGGCAGUGCCAUGUUUAUUGAAAAGCACCUGCAGAUCCUGGCAGAGUUCAAGGAGAAGGCAAGGGCUCUGUACCAGGCUGAAGCCUUCAAGGCCGACUUCCGGCAGCCUCAAAAGGCAAAAAAGCUCAUCAAUGACUACGUGAGGAAACAGACCCAGGGGAAGAUCAAGGAACUCAUCUCAGACCUGGAUAAGAGGACAUCCAUGGUGCUGGUGGAUUACAUCUACUUUAAAGACAAAUGGAAGAUGCCCUUUGACUCUCAUAACACAUUAAAAUCCACAUUCCACUUGGACAAGAAGAGGUCUGUGAAGGUGCCCAUGAUAAAAAUUGAGGGCCAGACCACACCCUACUUCCGGGAUGAGGAGCUGUCCUGCUCUGUGGUGGAGCUGAAGUACACAGGCAAUGCCAGCGCCCUGUUCAUCCUCCCUGACCAGGGCAAGAUGCAGCAGGUGGAAGCCAGCUUAAAACUAGAGACCCUGAGGAAAUGGAAGGAAUAUCUGAGGCCCAGGAGGAUUGAUGAGCUCUACCUGCCCAAAUUCUCCAUCUCCAGAAACUACAGACUGGAGAACAUCCUUCCUGAGCUGGGUAUCAAGGAAGUCUUCUCCCCACAGGCUGAUUUGUCUGGGAUCACAGGAAUCAAGGGCUUGAGAGUCUCUCAGAUGGUCCACAAGGCUGUGCUGGAUAUGACUGAACCAGGCACAGAGACAGCUACUGCCGCAGGAGUCAAAACAGUCCUAAUGUCUGCUAAAUUGGACCCUAUAACUGUGAAUUUCAACUCACCAUUCACGAUGAUCAUCACUGACGAGGAGAGUAACAAUAUUAUCUACAUGGCUAAAGUCACAAAUCCCAAUCAAGGCUAG